AUGGCGGGCUUCAGCCGCCUUGUGCUGACAGCUUUGCUCUGGCGUGCCUGGGUGGCCCUGGCCAGCCGCGAUAGUUGGACCACGCUGCCUGGGGCCCCGCGCUUCCGAUACUCCAUUUACGGAAUGGCCACACAGCCACCAGCCGGACCGAGCUUCCUCCUCACAAGCCGAGGUCUCUUCCGUGUGGACGUGGAGGGGUCGGACGCUUCCAUGGUGAAGGUCUGGAACGCGACGACGAAUUUCGGCAGCGGCGGCGAGUUGUCCCUGGGCGAGACGGGUCUCAUGCUCGUCACCAAGUUCGGCCUCCGCAGGUAUGCCUGGUAUCGCCGAAACAGCACGAGCGACUGGGAGUCCCUCACAGGCGUCUGGAACAAGAACGAGGAGUUCCCGGCUGCAGACGAACUGGGUGCCUACCCCGAGACCUUCAGCGACAACCGCUACCAAGGUUACGCCCAUCCCUGGCGUGCUGGCCCAGACGGUAGAAUUUAUGUGAUGCUCAAGCGGAGAGCCGAGUGGCCCUCGCCGGAUCAGAUCCCCGAGUCGGGGACGCGCGACAGGUACGCCAUCUGGAGUUAUGAUCUUGACGACGGAGAGUGGAGGAGAGCGACGCCGGACUUGCCGAAUUUCCGUGGCAAGACGCUGAAGACCUACACUCGAGGUUGCCCCAACUGCCAGGGAGUCUCCGGCUUCAACGGCACUCUGGCGUCCUGGAGCGGGAAGCAGCAGGUCAAGUACGGGAACGGCAAGCUCUGUGGGGCGGAUCAAGAUCCCGAGGUGAAGCCUCAGUGUUGGAAGCCACAAAGCUUUAGCCUCCCGACCUGGGGCGGCAACCAUACCCGCGGUCUCUACCUGCGCGCCUGCCACGGGGAGGUUCGGGUGGAGCGCUUCGUGCUCGCCACCGUGGACAACUUGACUGAGGAUGUUCUGGAUUCCCUGGAAGUGAGCGAUUUCGUGGAUGGGACCUGGCAGGAGGUUGCGGGCGAGCCGUUGGUGAUCGAUCCAUCUAUGGCCACGCAGCUUUUUCCCGCCAGCGGCAAGAGCGAGAGCACGGUUCGGACCGCCGCAGGCGGCAUCAUCUUCGACGGCACCUCCGAAGUGAGGGGGACUCAGCAGAAUGCCGCCACUGAAGCGGCGCACGCAGAGUACAAGACCCGUUUCCAGCCCAUCGAGAAAGCGAACGAGAGGCGCUACGUGUACUUGAAGGCACAGGCGCUGGGCACGCCUCGACCACACGUCUGGCGCCACUGCGUGGAUGUGCUGACAACAGGCUACUUCAACCAGUGGCACCCCCGCUUCGAGUUCACCCGACGCCCCGACGGCAGCUUGAGCUUCUACGCUGGGAACACCGGGGUGGACAGCGUUUCGCGCUGUGAUGACUCGCCCGAAGCACAGCCUGACACCGGCAUCGUGCUGCUGGAGGAUGGCGCCUGGCGCGGGCUGACAGGGCCAGACACGAAGUACCGCAAGGAGGGCUUCACUUGCGGCUGGGGCCAGUCCAAGAUCUACGUCUCCGCGGACCGGAGGACCCUCUUCUCCACCGGCGGUUCAGGUCAGUACUAUUCCUUUGACGAAGCGAAGGGCUGGUGGCUGCCUCUGGAUGAAGCCAGCUACGGAGAUGCGCGAGGCUUCUUCACACAGCUCACGCAGCAGCGGAGUGAGCCGAACCUGGUCCACGCCGAUGGCAUCUACCACCUGCCCAAACCGAUCGACCAGGCCGACUGCAGCGUGACCUGGGACGUUCCUCUGCUCGCUUUGCCGCAUCCCACUGACAGCAACAAGGUUUCCGGCUUCCUUAUGGAGCUUCGCACGGACCCGGCGAAGAACUGCACAGGCUUGCCGACGGGGGACAGCUUGAACGACGAACGAACCGUCGCGGAGGCCUUGGCCGAGAAGAAUCCCAAGCCACUCCGGCGCGGACACGUGUGGCAUGCUUUUGAUGAGUCGCGCCUGGCCCGCAAGACUUUGCCCAUGCACUUGGCCACCUACCAUCCCUUCAACUCGCAGUGCCAGAGUGAAGCUGUCGUCAGCGCCUUCCUCUUGCAAAAUGCCUCGCAGAUUGUGACCUGUGGUCGCUUCCCGUCUAUGGCAGAACGAGACCAGGUCGUGUGGCUGAGCAGCAGCACAGGGGAAAGGCUGCGCACUGCGAGCCUGCCCGGCGAGGCAAGCAGCUGCCGGGAAGUUCCAGGUGGCGGCCCCGUCAACCUCUUCGCGGCAGGGGACUUCGGCCUGGUUGGUAUUGGCGAGGACGGCGAGGCUUGGGCCGCUCCGGUCACAGAGGUCGUCGCGACAUCCGCCGUUCGUGGUGGACGUGUGGCCGUCGUCACGUCCAACAAGACCGUUGCUGUCUUCUCAGCUUCAUCCGGCGCACUGGUCGCCCAGCGCAGCUUCGGCUACAGCUACGUGACUGCGGUGGAGCUGUUCACGGACGGUCGAGUGGCAGUGGGAGCUUACACCAACAACAGAGCCACCAACGCCGUUCAGAUCGCCCGGAUGGAGAUUUACAGCGCAGACCUCCAGGAGCGCCUCACGCAGACCUGGGGCAUGUUUACCGCUAGGCAGCUGGACGAUGCCCACAACAUGGCGGACACCAGGGUGUAUGGUCUGGUCCUGGACGACAUCGAGGAGCAUGUCUAUGUGGCCGGCGAGUCUGCGGGGGGUAACACGAUCUUCCGCUGGAACGGCCAGGACCUUUCCACGGGCACUGCACGCGACACCGGGACGCCCAUGUGGAUGGCCAAGUCGGAUGCGCAUGUGGGCUAUGUUGGCCGAGUCCGGGCCAGCGAUGGAGUAGUCGUCGGAGGCACCUUCAUCGCGCCCAUCCUACGCUCAGCCCAGCGCCUCAACACCUUUCGAAUGAAAGGUAGUGCCUUGCAGUUCGAUGCCGAGAGCAACUCCCUUUAUGUCAUGGGAACCUCCACAUGUUGCAUCCCUGGCCGAACCGCCUUCACCCUGGCGGGGCAGAGGGUGGACGGCGGGGACCCGGCAGGCUAUGCUGGAAGCGACCCGAGCCUUGUGGCCUUCGACUCGGAGCUCAGGCAACGCCGGGCCUGGACCACCUUCAGUCGCUGGCGAAACAAGGGCUCUCCUGCAGGACUUUCGAUCCAGAAUGGCAUCAUGACCAUUGCGGUGACAACUCACGGAGGCCAAGCCAUCACCACGCCGAACGCGCUCUUCCCGAAUGCCUCCGAAACAGAGGAUCACUCCUGCGACGUGCCGGAGGACACAAAGCUCACGGAUGUGUGGCUGGCCGUUUUGCCUUCCUUGCCACCGGUCGGGACGCCCAAAUUUCCCAGAGACCGCGAAAGGCGGACAUUGGUAGGCCGACUCCGUCUUCGUGUGCGCUCGGCAGAGACCUUCGUGGACGACGCCGCCACCCGGCGAGGUCUGCGCCGCGGGGUGGCCCGCGCCCUCCAGGUCCCCGAGGAGAACGUGAACAUCACCAGCGUCAGCGUUGUGCCGGCUGGGGGUCGACGGCUUGCCACCUUGGGAGAGUUGCUGGUUGAAUACACGGUGACCGAGACGGAUGAGUCACCCCUGGACACGGCAGCAGUUGAGCAGAUGGUGCAGGAGGUCGAGGCGAACUCGACCGCAGUUCUCGGGGAGUUGGUCUCUGCCAUUGCAGAGCUCGCGCCCGAGUUCGCGACCUCCAUCGAGGAAGUGGAUAUAACAGCAUACAUUUUGGUGGCUCGAAACUUUUCGCUUUUUUCCGUUUCUUCUCCAAGGUCUAGAGCCAUGGAUUGGAAUGGACUCGAAGCUCUUCAGGCUCUUGGACAGGGCACGCUGAGCAAGGUCAAUGACAAGGGCUUCGUGCCAGACGAAGUCCGCAAUACUUUUUUCAGGAAGCUGCGCAUGAAGAGCGAGAACCGCACCUGUUUCGAGUGCCCAGCCAGGAAUCCGACCUGGAUCUCGCUGACCUGGGGCAUCUAUCUCUGUCUGGAGUGUUCCGGAGAGCAUAGACGAAAGGGUGUCCACAUAUCUUUUGUACGAAGCGUUGAGCUUGAUAGCUUCACGCCAGAACAGAUGGUGCAGAUGGCUGUGGGAGGCAACGGCAAGGCUCAGGAGUACUUCAAGGGCCACGAGAUGGGUAAACUCUCCUCGUCUGGUCGCGUUGCGGACUACACCUCGAAGGCCGCUGAGAGGUACAGGGCGCAACUCGAAGCGGACGCGAAAAAGGCUUGUGAGAAGCUUGGCGUGGCUAGCAAAAGUGCCAGCCAGGCCGCCAGCAAAGAGGAAGUUCCAGUGGAUCCAGUAGACCAGGCCGCCGACUUCUCCUUCGAGGGGCCGGAGAAGGCAGCGAGUGCUUCGCCUUCCUCGAAGUCUAUGGGUGCGCAGUCCGCUCCAUCGCCGCAGGCGAUGGGCUACCCUGACGCGGUCUCUCCGAUGCGAGGUGCUUCCGCGCCAGCAGUUGUGCCCACGCAGAAGCCUGUGCACACUGUGCCUUCGGCGCACGUCGUCCGACGAUCCAACUUACCGGCACCUGCGCCAAAAGCUCCAGGUUUUGCUUCCAAGCAGAUGGCGAAGCAGAUAGACUUCGACUUCGACUUUGACGACCUGGAGCUGGAGGCCUCGAAGACGAAGCCCCAGCCCGUCUGCUAA